AUGGACGUCCCACAUCUGCGUGUCCCCACGCCUGCGCCUGCCAAGGUCUGGUGCGCCUGGGUCUUGUACACCGACCAUGGUUGGUCCGAUGAAACAAAGAUAUGGCUUACCGAGCAGAAUGAUGGUGUGUUCAACUAUCUGUGGCACAAUGGCACCACGCCGUUGAACUACACGAUCCACUGUUCAACUAGCAGAGAUCUGUCGUGGUUUAGCUUGUCGGAGCAAACCUCCAUCAAGGCCGCCUGCACAAAAGCCGCGAAUGUGUGGUUUCUGCAAUGGGCGGGCCCUUUCGCCAUGAUUCUAUGUUAUGCUGUCGAAGCAGCCUUUGCCUUCAUCUUCGCGCAAGUGUCCCAAAAGCUUGUCAGCGCCUCCUCCAGUCCAGACGAUGAUGGUCUGCCCUACCUCAAGCAGGUGCUCAAAGGCUGCGUCUUGAUGCUUGUGCUGGUUCUGGCAGCUAUGUAUGCAGCUGCAACAUAUGUGUCGGGAUCUGCUGUAGCAUUGAGCUCGGCAGUCUUCUGCUUGGGAGCAUUGACGAUGGCGGCCACUUUGGGAUGGAUGUACGCCGAGAUUGAUCAUGCCAAGCUGAAGCGCCUAGCAACAGAGGGGCACAUGGCUGCAAACAUCCUCAAGAUCCUGAAGUCGGACUGGGUGCGAGCAAUGGCUGUUGGAGGUCUCAACGUGUUCAUUCCGCUGCUGGCUGUCUUAGACAUGCUCCGGCAGUCCAUGAGAAAACUACAAGGAACUGUGCAGGGAAGCCCGGAUGACAGAUUCACGCCGACUGGGCGCAAAGUUGCCGACGAGUGCAGCACCUGGAAUUGGUGUGGCAUUCUCCAGAAGGUUAUCGUGCUCGGCGAGCUUUUUAUAGCCAUCAUCUUGGGCAUGAAGGCUACCUAUGUGUUCUUCUCAUGGCUGAACACGGCCCUUUAUGCCGCGAAUAUCAAUUUCUGGGUGCUGACAGCCUUGGUGUUUGGGCUCGGCCUCUCUAUGUUCAUGUGCCCCAUCGUUCCGGGAAGCGCCGUCUACCUUUUCGCCGGUGUGGUGCUCGGAGCACAAUCUCAGCUAGCGGGUCGACCCGGAUUCGGCGCUGGUAUUGCAGCUGGUGUCGUUGCGAGCUCCAUAGCGAAGCACAUAGCGUGUGUUGGCCAAUACAUGAUCGGCUACUAUGCGGGAAAGCUGGUGAAAGUUCAGCAGAUGGUGGGCGUAGAUCAGGUUCCCGCUCGUGCCACUGAGAAGAUUCUCAAGACGCCUGGCUUGGGUUUGGGCAAGGUCUGCAUCCUCAUCGCAGGCCCCGACUUCCCAACGAGUGUUCUCUGUGGCAUUCUGAGAUUGAACAUUCCGCAGAUGCUGCUUGGGACAACGCCCAUUGUCCUCGUGAGCGUCAUUCCGCAAGUCACGGUUGGCGCCCUCUUGACGUACCAGGUUGAGGCCGACAAUGAGAGCUCCAGCAAUAUCCAAUCGCUGGUGUCCAACGCGGUCACUGGCUUUGCAGCGGCCAUCCAGGCCUCGGCCGUGCUAUUAUUCACCUGGCGCAUCAUGAAGACGGUGGAGCAGGACGGAGAAGAGUUGGCCAAACCACGAAAAGAGCACGAAGCUGUGGCAAAGCUGACGGCGCAGGAAGCAGCGUACACCGCUGCAUUCAAGCAGGUCUCUCAUUGGCAGGCGAUGACAUGCUUGCAGAUAUCUAUGCUGCUGCUUGCGGUUGCUUGCAUUGUCUCUUCUGGCUUCCUCAUCGCUGCAGACUUCAUGAUUACAGAAAAGUUCUGCUUCCGGAACUUUGCCAUCACCAACAAAAUCACAGACCCUAUAGAUCUUGGAGGUCUGGAUGGCAACGCCUGGAACAUCGUCAUUGUGCCUGUCGGAUGGCUGGCGCUCGCUGUGGCAACUCUGGGUGUGGCACGGGCCCCAGGGAUAUUGCAGGACUGUUUGAGGGUUUAG